AUGAAGAUUCGACAUUUUGGCUGCAUCCAGCUUUCGGUUAAAAGACAUGUGUCCACAGACUAUUUGGUUAACUCGCUAGCCCCGCUCCAAACCACACUAGAGAACGCGCGACAGAGUGUUGUAAAAACGCCGAAACGAAAUGGGUUGAAACUGCUGCUGAAAGCGAAAAAGUCUAGCCAGUUGGAGAAAAAGAUGUUAAACUCCAAAGUGCUCUACGAUAUCUUCCUCGACCAAGAAUGUCUGCCGUUCAGCCUGGCCCAGAUCACCAAGUCGCAAGCCUUUUUCAACAACUCCAAGAUCUCGCUCGACUGGGUCAACUCCGACUACUACCAAAUCCCAGACGUGAAGUACCAAGCCCUCAAGGCUGCGCGCCAGGAAAAACUCGCAAAUGCUUCAUCUUACAACUUGAAACACAAGUCGAAUGUCAAUUUGAACCCCAGGGGAACAUUUGGCAUCACGCCUGAUCUCUUGCGACCACUACCGGAGGUGUUGAUCAUGGGCUAUACCAAUGCGGGCAAGUCGUCGCUCAUCAAUAACCUAUUGACUCCCGAGAAGGCUUUGAGUCGAGCCGACCAGCUCGCCUACGUGUCUGCCAAAGCCGGGUACACGAAAACGCUCACCUGCUUCAAGGUUGGCAACAAGUUGCGCUUUAUUGACAGUCCCGGCUACGGAGAACGGGGACAACUCAAACAGGGCGAGUUGGUGGUCAACUACUUGGAGAAGAGAACAUUGUUGAAAAAAGUGCUAUUGGUGGUUGACUCAGUUGAAGGAGUGCGCGAGGAAGACUUACACAUAAUAGACCUCUUGACCAAGAAGGGGAUCCCAUUCGACGUUAUCUUUACCAAGCUAGAUCUCGUCUUGAAGAAAUUCUUGCCGAAAACUCUAUUGACGUUGGAUCACCCGGAAGAAACAAUCAAACGCAGCAACCAAGCGAUCUUACAGCACUACAACGAUUUGAUUGAAAAUGCAGGCCUAAGAGACCUCCCGGUUCCUCCAAGGUUCAUGUUUAACAAUUCACAAAUGAACAGCUUUGUUUCAGAGUAUUCGGGGUUUAAAGCUAUUCGAUGCAGCAUCCUCGAAAGUUGCAAUUUAUUGCGGUAA